UUACUUGAGUGACUGAUGUACGCUUCUUCAACCGUAGGAUUUGGGCUUACUAGAAGCUUGAAGAUGAGUUCUACUGUUUGGUGGGAAGGAGUUGAGAAGACACGAGUUCUCAUUGCCGCAGAUUCAGGAUGUGGAGGAAACAAACCUGGAGAACUAUUAACACUUCGCCAUCCAAAAUCAGAAAAUGGAACCUGCUACCUUUUUAAUAAUGGGAUGCUUCAAGAGAUUCAAUGGUUUAAGCAAUCAUAUGGUUCUUGGUUCCUGGGAGAUUACAUUUCUCAAGAUGGAAGCUUAUAUAUGGCUACUCCGGUUGAUCCUGUUUUCAUCUUGUUGCCUGUUUUCGACCAAGCAAGAAUGAAGAAAGGUGAUGAUCCUGGAAAGUUCAGGCAACUGGAUGAGAUUUUAUUUGUGGAAGGGUAUCCUGAAUAUCAACAUCUGUUGUCACUUGCAGAGAAGUGUAUGGAGAUCGUUUGUCAAACUCAAGAGGUUGGAUCUAUGAAGUUCUAUCGGCUAGAUAACUCGAAAGUUUUAGCUUGGUUAACUUGUAAGGUGCGCUCUUUAAAGAAGGCUCUACCGGCAUUAGACAAGAACUAUGCAGCUCAAGAUGAGAAACAAACAUUGGUGGAUGCAGUUUCAAUCGUGGGAGAGUACCUGAAGACAGAGCCUUGGUUGAAGCUUCUCUAUGAUCGUCUUGGACUCGAGUUUGUUGACCCAACGACGAAAGAAACCAAUACGGAGACCUUUCCAAAUGCAAUUGAGAAUAAAAUGGAAUACUCAAACUCAUUACAGGAGAGAGCAAACAAGAAGACAGGAAAACCUGGGAAACAGACAAAGCAAGCAAAGGUAGAGACUGGAUCAAAGAACAUAAGGGAUAUGUUUUCAAGGGCUUGUAAGAAAAAGUGCUGAAGCUAUCCAGCUAUAUAUGAUUUGUUAUUUUCAGCUAUCAGAUGAUCUCUUUGCUUAGCUAGCAACAUCUUAAACAAAGACCCAGGGCCGGCUUACAAGGGGGACAAGCGGUGCGACCGCCCCGGGUCCGAGUCCGUGUCCCCCCGUGUAAUGAUAAAUAAGGGGCCCAAUUUUUUAUAAAUCUAUAUUUUUAUAUAUAAAAAAAAUUAUAAAUACAAUAAAUAAAAUUGAAAAGGGCCCAAAAUUAUUUGAUAUGUAUAUAGUUUUAUUUUCAUUACAAAAUAUACAAAAUAUUAUUGAUUAAAUUUUAAAAAUAUUUUAAAUAUUAUCUCUAUAUAAAUUUUA